GCAAAGAAUGUUUAGAACCGUUGCGGUAGCGAUGCUAACAAAACGAUAUGGUUCGGUAAUGAAUUUUAAUUCUUAAUUAACUAAAACACGUGUGUUACUAUUAAAUAAAUAAAUUGAAAGUUUAUUAAAUUAAUUACCCUCGCGAAAAAGUGGUGAAAUUCAUUUUCUCGUGAAGAAGAAAAAAAAAAAAGUUUUAUCUUCGGAGCCAGGUGGCUUACUUCGCAGGGUUGCCAGGUUGCACCCAGGUGAACGUCAAAGCGUGCCCUCUUACCUGAAUUUGUGUCGCGCGCGGUCUCGAGCAACGUGUCAAUUUUUUUUCUGUUAUAUAUGAACAUAGAAAAAUAAUAACUAAAUUAAAAUUGUGAAAUAGGGAAUUUUUUCCACCAAGUUACGGGGAAUUUGGAACAAAAUUUGUUAAAAGGAUUAAAGUGGUUUUUUGUGCUCUUGAAAAGAAGAAAAAAAAGUGUUAACACGUGUAUGUGUGUGUUAUAUAUGUGAGAUCCGCAUUUUUUUGCUACGUGCAACAAGUGGUUUUUUUUUCUGUUUCGCAAGCGAAGGAGUGUGAAAAAGGCAUAAAUUCCCAAAAAUUUUUUUUUUUUUUUUGCCCUUCUCUUGUGCGCGACAAUGGUUUUCUACCUUCAAGGGACUUUUUCUAUUGUUGUGAGCGCAAGUGAAAUGGUGAACAACAACCAAGGGUCCCGUCGUCGUUUAAAGAAAUAAUGCGCCGUUGCCAGGUGUUGUCGGUGCGGGUGACGGGUUUUAACAGAGAACAGUAGUGGAAAAAAAAAACACUUGAGAAAUAAGGAAAAAAAAAGAAGUUUUCUUUUUCGUGUGUGUAGUGCGCGAAUUCUUUCGAAGAAAAAUGAUUCGCGGGUUUUUCCAUCACAACAACAACAACAACAACAACGUGAAUUAAAGUGAAUUUUGUACAAUUGUUGUUAAUUAUUGUAAACAAAAAGAAGAAGAAGUGGCGAAAAAAAGGAGGAAAAAAAAGCUUGGCAGGAGAAUUUUUUAUAUUUGACAACUGCCAAGCAUAAUGAUGAAUAAACAACAUUGGGAAUAUUUUCGACAGGCAACAUGGCCUUCUUUUAGGAGAACAUUAGUUUUUUUUAUUGUAAUUCUUGUCGCUGGCAGCGCUUGGAGUACAGAAUCACUCCAAGAGCCUCGCUUUGUGACGCAUCCGUCUAGUAGUGGAAAAUUUAGUCCUGAAAAUCGAACAAAAAUUUUACAGUGCCAAGCACGAGGUCAUCCUCAACCUCGAUACAGGUGGUUUAAAGAUGGUCAACCAUUGACGAGUGAACUCACCUCUGAACCCUAUUAUCGAAUUAACAUAACCAAGAGGGAAGACACUGGUGUUUAUUAUUGUGUCGCUACCAACGAAGUUGGUUCGAUAUUCAGCGAACGUAUCUCAUUUUCCGUUGCUUAUAUGGGAAUAUUUGAGGAUUUAACGGAAAUUCCAUUGACUGUUGAAUCGGGAAAUGCGGCAAUUUUACGAUUGCCACCCAUUGAAAGUAAUCCAACACCAGAAGUUAGUUGGUCGAGUUCUGAUGGCACAAUUCCUUAUACUAUAAAAUAUGCGACCGCUCAACAGAUGCUAAUAAUUCUUAACGCCUCUGAGGAUGAUGAGGGUUCUUACAGAGCAAAAGCAAUUAAUACUCAAGUGGCGAAAGAAGAAAUUAGUCCCUUCUUCAAAUUGAGAAUUACGGGUGAUUUAAAUGUCGAGGUGCCGCCAACGAUAAUUGUGAGGCCACAGGAUACGAAAAUUAUUAAAGAUCAGGGAGUGACAUUUCUUCAUUGUAUCGCCAAUUCUAGAUAUCUUCACGAAUUGAGAACAUUAUGGACCAAGGAUGACAUUCCAAUAGAAAAUACAAGAAUCUCAUAUCAAUUUGACGAUCUUUGGAAUCGGACUUUGAUCCUUAAAUCGGCUAAUUUGACCUAUACGGGAAUUUAUUCUUGCCAAGUUGAUUUAAGAAGUGGAGGAUUCCCCACAAUUAUUGCCAAUGCCAGUAUUGAAGUUUAUGAAAAACCCUCGUUUAUAAACGAAUUGAAACGAGAGACAAUUAGUGAAUAUGGAUCGACAGUAAUUUUACCCUGUGAAGCCGAGGGAGUUCCUUUGCCAAAAAUUAGCUGGUAUCGAAAUGCGGAAUCUGUCGAUCAUUUAUUUGGCUCGAGAUACAAUUUGGAGGAAGAUGGAUCAUUAACAAUUAAAAAAUUAACAAUGGAAGAUUCAGGAAUGUUUCAAUGUUUAGCUUCAAAUGAAGCCGGCGAGGCUUCAAGUUACACGUGGAUUCGAGCAAAAAAGAGUGAAAAAGCUGAAAGCACAAUGAGGAACAGAGUGAGCCGAUGGGCGGCUGGCUACAAUGUAGUUAGAGUUCGUCAAUCUGAUCAUCGAUUUUUGUUUUCUCAAUAUCCAGAGACCUCCAUUCCCGUAAUGGAUUUGGGACCUCAAAAUUCGACGAUUUUGGAUGGAAAAGACGUGACAAUUACUUGUCGAGCAAUUGCGGCACCAAUUCCUAAUAUCACUUGGUUUUAUAAUGAUUCAUUUCCAGUGGAAAUUGCGGGACGAGUUCAACUUUUGGAAAAUGGAGAUUUACUUAUUACAGCAGUGAAGGCAAAUGACGCUGGAAAAUAUACUUGUUUUCGAGCAAAUGAAGCUGGAUCUGUUAAUGGAUCAGCGUUUUUAUCAGUUUUGGUUCGUACACGAAUUCUACAACCGCCGGCGGAUAUUACAGUGACUCUUGGUUACACGGCGGAACUUCAGUGCAAGGUUUCCAACGAUCCGAGUGUUAAAUAUGAUAUCGCAUGGUUCCACAAUUCACAAUUAAUAAAUACAAGAUCGAGUCAACGUGUAAAAAUGCGUGACGACGGUACACUGGAAAUAUUUGCAGUACGCGCAUCUGACGUUGGUGAAUAUACAUGUUCAGUGAUAUCGCCAGGUGGCAAUGAAUCGCGUACGGCACGUCUUAGUGUCAUUGAAUUACCAUUUGCGCCAAUUAAUGUAAUGGCACAACGCGCCGAGGCAAUAUCAUUGCGUUCAAUUAAUGUCUCAUGGGUGCCUGGUUUCGAUGGCAAUAGUCAAAUUAAACGUUUUAGCGUACAACGUUGUGAGGUUCAUGAAUUGGGACCAAUUCCCGAUUUAUCGCCAAAUUGGGUUCGUGAAAUGACAAAUAUUUCAGCUCAAACCAAUUGGAUUUUAUUGCAUAAUUUAAAGGCAGCAUCGGCUUAUCAAUUUCGUGUUAGCGCUGAAAAUGAUGUUGGCGAGGGUCCAUUCUCCGAGCCUAGUAACGUUGUUGUCCUUCCACAAGAACCACCAUCGGGACCUCCGUCGGGAUUUGUUGGUUCAGCGAGAUCAUCAUCGGAAAUAAUUACCCAAUGGCAACUUCCCGCUGAGGAGCAUAGAAAUGGACAUAUUUUGGGUUUUAUUUUACGUUAUAAACUUUAUGGUUACAAUGUGACGCCAUGGACAAUACAAAAUAUCACAAAUCAAGAGCAGAGAAAUUUUCUCAUUACUGAUCUUAUCACAUGGAAGGAUUAUGAUGUGCAAAUUGCCGCCUACAAUGACAAGGGCGUGGGAAUUUUCACCGAGGGUCUGAAAAUCAAAACCAAAGAAGGCGUUCCAGAAGCGCCGCCAACAAAUAUAAAAGUAAAACCAUUAAAUUCAACAUCGGUGGGCGUCUCGUGGACGCCACCAAAUCCACAAAAGAUCAACGGUAUCAAUCAGGGAUAUAAAUUACAAGCGUGGAUUGGAGGGAAUUUUAGCGAUGAAAAUGAAUAUAAAUCAAUAACAGUUGAGCCAAAUUUAUUUAAUCCGCUGGCGGAACAGGCGGCUGUUAUUUUUGAUCUCAAAAAAUAUACAAAAUACAAUGUUACUGUUUUGUGUUUCACUAAUCCGGGCGAUGGGGAAAGAAGUGAAGCUGUUGAAAUUCGAACCAGCGAAGAUGUUCCCGGUGAAGUUGAGAAUCUCCAAUUUCUAAAUAUUUCCGAUCGAGCAUUAACAGUGAAAUGGAAUUCGCCAAGAGAAAUAAAUGGAAUUCUCAUUGCUUAUCAAUUGAAAUAUAUGAUUAAAGAUUUGCCAGAAUCAUUGCGUGUUGAAAAUUUAACGGCCAAUGUUCAUUCAGUGAAAGUCGAACAUCUUCAGGCGACGACGCAUUAUAGAUUUGAAAUUGUUGCUUGGACAUCAAAAGGACCGGGAAAAUCGAGUAUCGCAAUUAUUCAAUCGGGAAUUGAACCUGUUUUACCUGAACCGCCGACAAAACUUGCUCUAUCAAAUAUUGAUGCUUUUUCCGUUGUAUUACAAUUUACACCUGGAUUUAAUGGCAAUUCAUCAAUUACCAAAUGGACAAUACAAGCGCAAACAAGUCGCAAUACAACGUGGCAUACAAUUGAUGAAAUCUCGGAUCCCGAUUACGAUACAAAUACAAUAAAUGUUCAGGGAUUGACGCCAUUUAUGCAAUACAAAUUGCGUUUAAUUGCAAAUAAUGUUGUGGGCAUAUCGCCACCUUCAGAACCGACAAAACAAUUUCAAACGAUACAAGCGCCUCCUUCACAUCCACCGAGAAAUGUCACUGUUCGAGCAAUGAGUGCAACGGAAUUGCGAGUUCGAUGGAUUCCCCUACAACAAAUUGAAUGGUACGGAAAUCCAAGAGGUUACAAUGUUUCAUUCAAAGAAUUACGAACUAACGAAUCGAAAAGUAUUUGCAUUGAUGAUCAUACGGCAAAUUCGUAUGUUUUAAAAAAUAUGGAAGAAUUUGCCCUCUAUGAAGUUGUAAUGCAGGCAUUUAAUGACGUUGGCUCGUCAACCUCAAGUCCAAAAGCAAUUGAAAGAACAAGAGAAUCUGUUCCUUCAAUGGGACCAAUGAAUGUGGCGGCAAAUGCAACAUCAUCGACGACAAUUGUCGUUAAAUGGGGCGAUGUACCAACAAAAGAUCAAAAUGGACAAAUCGAAGGUUUUAAAGUUUAUUAUGGGGCAAAAAGUCGUUCGGCAUUUCAAUAUAAAAAUAUUCCAAGUAACAGUACAUUUACAACGACAUUGACUGAACUCAGAAAAUAUGUGCAAUAUCAUAUACAAGUUUUGGCGUAUUCAAGAUUAGGAGACGGUGCAUUGAGCGUUCCACCAAUUAGAGUUCAAACAUUCGAAGAUGUUCCUGGUCCACCUUCGAAUGUUUCGAUACCUGACGUGUCAUUUUCAACGGCGAGAAUUAUUUGGGACACACCUGAAGAUCCAAAUGGUGAAAUUCUCGCUUAUAAAGUUAUGUUUCAUUUAAAUAGCUCGAGCGAUAAACCAUUUUCCAAAGAGUUUCCCGCCUCCGAACGAACAUUCACCGCAACGGAAUUGCAAGCCGAGAAAUUUUACAUGUUCUCGGUGACGGCGCAAACACGUCUCGGUUGGGGUAAAACAGCAUACGCUCUUGUUUUAACGACAAAUAAUCGUGAACGUCCACAAUCGCCAUCAAUGCCGCAAGUUAGUAGAUCGCAAGUUCAAAGUCGACAAAUUACAUUUAAUUGGAUUCCGGGACGCGAUGGAUUCGCGCCACUCAGGUAUUACACAAUUCAAAAAUCAGAAAAUUCCGGACCAUUUCAAACAAUACCGGAAAGAGUGAAUCCCUCUUUAACUUCCUAUACGGCAAAUAAUUUGAAACCAUUCACGAAUUAUCAAUUUCGAAUACAAGCGACAAAUGACAUUGGACCAUCUGCUUGGAGUGCGGAAUCAAGUCAAGUUCAAACUUUACCUGCAGCACCGGCGAAAGGUGUGACGGGAUUAAAAGUCGUUCCAAUUACAACAACAGGUAUUGAAGUUUAUUGGAAUAUGAUUGAAGAAAUUCAUUGGAGCGGCGAUCAUGAGACUGGUGGCUAUCGUGUUGUUUAUCAAAUUGUCUCCGAUUUUCCCACUGCAAUACAAGCAACGCCAAAAGAAGAAAUAAUGGGCAUUAAUCAAACAAAAAUGACAUUAACCGAUUUAACGGAGGAUAAAAAUUAUGAGAUUAUCGUUGUGCCAUUUAAUUCCGAGGGCGAGGGUCCACCAAGUCCUCCGGUGACAAUUUAUGUUGGCGAAGCAGUUCCAACAGGUGAGCCACAACAUUUAAAAGCCGAAUCAAUUUCAUCGACUGAAGUUCUUCUUCAUUGGAAACCGCCGCAGGCAAAUAUGCAAAAUGGCGAUUUACUCGGUUACAAGAUUUUUUAUCUCGUUACGGAUUCACCGCAACCAUUGGAGGGUAAACAAGAGGAGGAAAUUGAAGUUGUUCCCGCUUCGUAUUUAACGCACAGUCUUGUUUUUCUCGAUAAAUAUACACAAUAUCGAAUUCAAGUAUUGGCAUUUAAUCCAGCUGGCGAUGGACCAAGAACACCGGCAAUUACUGUGAGAACAAAACAAGAUUUACCUGGUCCAUGUCAUAAUUUACAAUUCACUGAAAUUACAAUGACAAAUCUUCGCGUUUCAUGGGAACCGCCAAAAAUGCGUAAUGGCGAAAUUAUUGGCUAUAUUGUCACAUAUGAAACUGCCGAGCAAAACGAUCGUUUUAGUAAACAGGUGAAACAAAAAGUGACGGAAACAAGUUUACUUGUACAGCCAUUGGAGGAGGAAGUGACGUAUACAUUUGUCGUGAGAGCGCAAACAACAAUUGAUUUUGGCCCGCCAAUAUCGGGAAAUGUGACAACUGGACCACAAGAAGGUUCGCCAAUGGUACCAAGCGAUUUAUCAGUGUCAAAAACAGUUUCGAGCGUUGAUCUUCAAUGGAAGAAUGGCGCAUCCGGGAAGGGGCCAAUUUUGGGCUAUUACAUCGAAACCAGACGCAAAGUCUCGGAAGAAUGGCAGAAUUAUGACACGAGAUGGCAAACAAUUGUGAGAAGUAGCAAUGGACCAUUGAUGGAAUACACAGUUUCUUAUCAAAAUUUAUUGCCAUCAACAUCAUAUUUAUUCCGUGUAAUCGCUUAUAAUCGUUACGGAAUUAGUUAUCCUGCCUAUUCAAGUGAAACGAUACUGACGCCUUCGAAAUUAUAUUUAGAAUACGCGUAUUUACAACAUAGACCAUUUUAUCGACAAACAUGGUUUAUGGUGAGUUUGGCUUCUGGUUCAGUGAUUGUUAUCGUUAUGGUUAUUGCUGUUCUUUGCGUCAAGAGUAAAAGCUACAAAUACAAACAAGAGGCGCAAAAAGUCCUCGAGGAAUCAAUGGCAAUGGACAUUGACGAUCGUCAAUCAUCAGAUUUAGAAUUAUAUCGUUCGCGACAAACCGGUGGCAAUUCAAUGAACAUUGUCAAUGGCUGUGGCGUUGGUACAUUGGGCAAAAGAAAUGGAAUUUCCGGUACAUUAUCGAGAAAAGCAAUGCAUCCACCACCGCCACCUGCACUUUAUGGUAAAUCACCGCCAAGACCAUCGCCCGCUUCAGUUGCCUAUCACAGCGAUGAAGAGAGUCUCAAGGGUUACGAUGAAAAUCCCGAUGAUAGUAGUGUCACUGAGAAACCAUCGGAAAUAAGUUCCACCGAUUCACAAGCAUCCGAAAGUGAAAAUGAAUCCGUACAAUCGGAUCCACAUUCAUUUGUCAAUCAUUAUGCAAAUGUUAAUGAUUCACUGCGACAAUCGUGGAAACGGCAAAAACCGGUGAGAAAUUAUUCAUCGUACACUGAUUCCGAGCCAGAGGGUUCAGCUGUUGUUAGUUUAAAUGGUGGGCAAAUAAUAAUGAAUAAUAUGGCAAGAUCGCGUGCACCAUUGCCGGGUUUUUCGUCUUUUGUUUGAGUCGAAAAAAUUAAUUAAAAUCGAUUCGAAAGAGAAAAAAAGAAAAAAAAACCCUUUUUUAAUUGUGAUAUCGACUUAUUUAUAACUAUUAAUAUUAUUAUAUAUUUUUUAUUAAUUACUUGAAGUAAUUGAUAAUUCAGGUAAUUAAUUGUUAAUUGAUGAUUAUUGAUUAAUUUAAUUAAUUGAAUGCGCGAUAGUUAGAAAUAAAGUAUUAAAUACUCGUGUUUCUUCGUUUCUUUUUGAAACAAAAAAAAAAAGAGGGGAAAAAAUUAAUUUUUUUAUUGAUGAAAAUAAUUUUUCUUUCUUUUAGAAAAGAAAAAUUGUUUUUUUUCUCUUCAAAAAUAGAAAAAUUUGGUUUUUUUUCUCAAAAGAAAAUAAAAUAUAGUAAGAAACUGAGUAAAUUUUCUCGGCUGGAGAAAAAAAAGGAUCUAUUUAAUACAUAUAAAAAAUAUAAAGAAAAAAACCCUCGUGAUUCAGGGGAUUUUCAAAAUAGCAUGGCAAUAAUAAUAAUCUUGGGGCGCGAUGAUUAUCAGAAAAAAUUCAUUUAAUUAAAAAUUUUCAAUAUUUAAAAAUAAUUUUAUAAAAUAGAAUUUUGAAUUUAGACGAAUUUCUAUUUUUCAAAUUGGAAUUUUUUCAAUUCCACAAUAUUAGUAACAAUCGAAGGUAUUUUUUAAUAUUAGUUUCGAAAUCCUUGACCUUUAAUUACUAGGAAACGACUACCAUGAUGCUAUUAUUUUUUUUUCAAUUUUCAAAAUUUUUUUGAUUUUUGAAUUUUUUUUUUUUUUUUUUGAAUUCUAAAUACUCUUCUUAAUAUUAUUACCCUUUGAUUCUAUAAAAAUAAAUCAUAACUUUCAAUAUUGACAACAAAUUGAAAAAAAAAAAUUUCCAAAAUAUUAAAAAAAAAUUUCAAAAACUGGUUUUUUGAAAAAAAAGAUUUUUAGGAUUAUUGUACUCGUUUUCUACUAAUUUAGGAUCAACGAUUCCGAAAAUAAUAUCUAAACUGUCAAAAAUUAUCAUCGUUAUAAAAUUCUAAAAUAAAAAUUCUAUUUCUUAAAAUUCUCAAAAAAAAAUUCGAAAUGAAUUUUGAACGGUUAAUCAUGCGCCCAUACAAUAAUCAAUAAAAACGUGGUAGGAAAAAAAAAAAAAUCUCCCUCGGGGAAGUUUUUUUUUUAACAAACCCGAAAAAUUUUGAUCUCGAAUUCUUUUUUUCCCACUAUUUCUUAAAAGGAAAAAAAGUAUUCUUUUCAAAUAGUCGAAUUUUGCAUAUUAGCAAAGUUUAAUAGGUUUUUUUUUUGUACUUUUCAAUUUUUUGUACUUCUCGAAUUUUAUAUAUAAAUAUAUAUAUAUAUUUAGAAAAGAAUAUAAAAAAAAUGAUCGACGCGUGUCAUAUACUGUGAAUAAUAAUUGUAAUUUAAAAUAAUUAUUAAUUAAUAAAAAUAGGAACUUAGGACCAAUGCGAAGAUUAUAGAAAAAGGCUGAUUUAAUAUUUGAAAUUAUUUAUAGGAUUAAAUAUCAUAAUAUUAGAAAAAAUGAGAAAAGGAGAGAAGAAAAAUAAUUUCUCUGUUGAAAAAACAGAAAAAAAUAAAAUUGACUUGACUGACAAAAACAGUUUUUUUUGGGGGAAUAAAAUCAUAUCAUGGAGAAAAUUUGAAACUCUGAUAUUGUAAUUAAAAAAAAAGGAUUUACACAAAAUGUGUACUUAUUUCCUUUUGUGUAUGAAUUGUUAUCUGUGUAAUUAUUUUUUACUAGGUGAUAUGUAUAUUAUAUAUUAAAAAAACAGACACACAACAAGUGUACGAAAAUGCACUGCCACAAUUUUUUUUUUGUUUUUUUGUUUUUUUUUUAAUUAUUUAUGUACGAUAAUAAUUAUUGUAAGGAUAGCGAACAAAAAAUCGAAAAAAUUCACGAAACGAUUUACAAAUUGUUAUUUGUAUCUCAACAAUUGUUUUACACAUAGAUUUCUAAUAAAAAAAAAAAGAAGAAAAACGUU